UAAAUCGUUCGCAUCACACUUUAUAUUUAGAAAAAUAAUUUAAAAUAUUUAACUUUGUUUAUCGACCCAUAUAAUCCAUAUAAAAAUAUAUAAAUUAUAAUUACAUGCAUACAUCCAUACACACGUGCAUGUAUUGUAACGAAGUUAUCAUUCUUGUAUCAGAUGCAAUGUUAUCGACUCAAUGUGAAGUAACUUCCAACUGUACCAUCGUACAUGGUUGAGUUGGAUAUAUAGUUCCUCCACUUACCGCUCUAAAUGCGACAAGAAAUCCCAUAAGCUGCAGAUCUAUUCUAUAGCUUAUAUAUGGCAAUAGAUCUAUCUUCUAUCUAGUCUGUACUUGGGCUUAGAAGAUUUUAAAAUGUGACGUGAAAAUACAUUGCGUGUUAAAUCUAGAAUACGUCUUGUCUAUGCUUAAAUACAAUAUCUCUUUUUGAUGACAAUUAUAAACUUCUGGCUUUUUUUAAUACUGCGGUUUGCUUUCUUAAAUUAGUAUUAUUAGUUUAGAGAUAAUUAUGUAUACAUAUAUUGUACAUAAUCAAAAUUGUACUCAUUGUAAUAUGAUUUUAAAAGCAUAUCUGAACUAUAACUGUUUUGUAUUAAAUGAUCAAUAUGGCGACUUCCACAUAAUAGUAAAUAAAAGUGAUAGAUUUUGUUAAACUUCAUAAUAAAUUUCAUUGAAAAAGUGCAACUGUUUAUUACUUUUAUUUUAAUACCCAUUACUACAAAUGAUGGUAGAUGAUGUUUUACAUUGAAGUGAUUUACAUAGCUUCUCGUUAUUUCUAUCUUAAAAAAAUACGCAUAUAAUAUACGUUUGAUUUUAAAGAUCGAAACUGUGGUAAUAUUAUUAAAAAAUGUUGCAACGACAUCAAUUAUUAAGGGAUAAAAUACUUUUUCGAAUAUUGAAAAAUAAGAACCACCUCGCUAACAACAUAUGCGAAAAACUGAAUGACAAUGUGAAAAAUAUUGUGUUAUUAUCAGAAGAUGAACUUUGUGAACUAUGGCUACAUAUAAAAACUGUACUAUUAGAAGCACAAAAAUUAUGUAAACAAACAUCAAAAAAUAAGGACAAACAUGUGAAAGAAUUUAAUCUUAUGAUUAAAUUAAUACGUACAAUAACUAUCAUGGCUCUUGAAACAAUUGUACAACGAAAGUUUAUACCCAAUGUUCUAUUACAAAACAUAAUAUUACUACAUUCUGCUGUGCUACCAAAUAUAAAAAAUGAACAGGCUAAAAAUGAAAUAUCAAAUUUGCUGGAAAAGUGGUGGAUAUUAGACAUGAUAUGGAAAGAGAAAGUGAUAAGAAAUGUAUUGAAAUACCUCAUCCAAAAUAGCAAAACUUCAUUGCAACAUGUAAAACGUUUAUAUGAGAUAAGGUCUAGCAUUACAUUGUUGAAAUGCACUGAAGAUGUGCAAGAACUACUUAAACUUGUUCGAGAAAAAACUGUGAUGUCCCUUGAAGAAGGUCGAAUGUUGAUAUUACAUUUAUUUACGCUUGGGGAGCAAUAUAUAUUGGGAAUUCAUAAUAAUGUAAGGGUAGUGUUACAAGAUAUUGAACACAGUUAUAUUCCUUCAUAUGCAGAUUUAUAUGCAACAGCAUGGUUAAAUGGAACUAAUAAAUUUAAGAAAUUUAUCGUUGAAAAUUGUUUACAAAGUAUCAUUUUUUAUUGUUUCCGAACAUAUAGAGAUGAUACAGGAAGGGGAAAGCUCGGUAAAAAUCUGCUUUCAUUUGUUGCUGCUAUUCAUGAUAGCAAGCAUCAAGCAGCAAAAUUAAUGAUUCACAAUGAAUGUAAACCUUUACUUUGGAAACAUUUAAAGGCACAUGGAUCUUUCAUCAUAUGCAAUGCUGUAGAGAUUCUCUUUAUAACAAGCUCUGUUCAGUAUACAUGUACUCCAAGAGACACAAAUAAAAUCUAUAUUCAAAAAUAUUAUGAAACAAUAACAGAUCUCUUAAAAGAUUCAGAUUCUGAAGUGUGCAAUGUUACUAUAAAAGGUCUAUUUAAAAUGUUAGAAAAAUAUUGGAAUCAUGUUCCAAACAAUAUUAUUCGGAGCUGGUUAAACAUACUACUACAACAUACAAAAAACGCCAGUAAUUCCGAAAUAAGAGCAAACAUUUUUACUGGUUUAAAAAGAAUAUUAGUUAAAGAACGAUCUCAUACGAUACUUAAAGAUUUUUUACCAAAUUUCGCAAAUAGUAUUUAUGACGAAGAUCAAACGGUAUUGGAAGCGUUAAUAAAACUUCUUUACCAUGCACAAAACCAAAUUGGAAUACCAUUCUGGAAUAUAGUACCCUUGACCUAUGUUCUUGAUCGCUUAGAGACUACUCAAGAUGAAUUUGUCUUGCAAGAAUUAGUAAAACUUAUGUGGGUACGUAUAUCGUCGAAUGGUACACAUUACGAUAAAAUAAAGGAUGAAUUAGUAUACAUAGCAACAAGCAAUAUAAAUGCCAUUAGAAGAUUUUGUUUACAUUCUAAAUCGAUUAUAAGUUUGAGUACAUCCAUGAAGCUUAUUGAAACCUUGUUAUCUGUGAUAAAAGAAGAAAUGGAAUGUUUACCUGUAGCAAAAAUAUUAAACAAAAAUUGUAAUAAAAAAAUUAAAUUUAAAACCAAGCAGAAUAGAUUCGAAAUUGAUUCUUCAAAUAGUUGGAAUGAUGACUUUGAUAAUUAUAGAGAUAUAAAUAUAUAUAUCGAUAUUAUUGCUAUGUUAUUAAUAGCAAAUAUUGAACAUAGUGACGAAGGAAUACUGUAUAAAAAAGAAAUUAAUAUUUUACAACUAAUUGCACAUGCAUUACCAGAGCUUUUCAAGAAUUUCAGAGAAACACCAAUAAACGAUUCAAUAAUAUUUUUAUUUUCUUUAAUACCUUCGAAAUUUUUUUUGAAUAAAAUUGGUGUUCUGGAAAUGUUGAUACAACAACUAUGUGAUCCCAAUACUCCUGAUGAAAGUCUCCUUUCAACUGUGUAUCUUCUCAUGAAAUGGAAUAAGGGAGAUACAAUUUUAUUCGCAUUAACGAAUCUUUUUACGCAAUCUUUAAAUACAAAUGCAAGACAUAAUCAGAAUACUGCACAUGAUUUUCAAAUUAAUGAGAAGGGUUUAGAAUUAAGUUUACGAAUUCUAAAACAUUUACUGCAUGUUGAAUAUCAGUCAGUUUUAAUGAAUAAAUAUCAUAAAGACAUACUUAAAUUUUGGGAAAGUUUAUAUAGACUAAGAAGUUUUAUAGAAAAAGAAGUGAAUAAUGAAUGCAAUAUAAGAAGUCUAAUAUCCAAAGAUAUAAUUAUAAAUUUUUUUAAAGAAUAUAUAUCAAUGAUUACAAUAUUAGAUAAAAAGGAUGUAUUUGACACAUCAGAACAUUUUUCGGAGAUUUUAUUAUGGGUCAGGAGGUAUGAAAGUUAUUUACAUAUUCUUAUCAAUUUUCUAGAAGUAUCAUUAUUGUUAACAUAUCCUUUCUUUUUACACAGGACAAUAGUGACACACAUAUCGCACAUAAAUGUAAACGUUAUAGAAAAUCAUUAUACUUGUAUAAAUAUAAUAAAAAGUACUUUUGAUAUGUCAAAUUUACUACUGAAAGAGUGUAAUACUACUCCGAAAUUAUGUUGUGAUAUCGUACUUUUAUAUUGCAGUUGUUUAUCAUCACCAAAUGGUAUAAUUUUUUUAAAUGACGCAUUUGAUGCAAUAAUGAUGUUAUUAGAUUUUAGUAAAAUGGCUUAUGACAAACAAGAACCAAAUUUAUUAAACAUUGUUGUACCAAAUUUUGUAUGUAUUGUAAUGGUUACUUUAACUAGAUGUAGCAAGGAUAUAUUACUUAAAUAUACAAACGACAGAAAAAUACUGCAUAAAUUAACGCAAAAAUAUUUUUCCGUUAUUAAAAAUACUUUUGACGAUGAGAGUUCUUAUCUUUCAUAUAUAACUAUUAUGUUUAAUGCUGCAAUCAGUAAUAUAAGUAUGGAAAUUACACGUUUAUUACAACGCUCACAUAUAAUAGAGGAAAAUAUUGUAAACACACCGUUUCCUUAUCUAGCAAAAGAAAUAUUAAAAAUUAUUUUAAAUACAAAAAGAUAUCAAAAACUGAGUAUACAAGUAUUAACAAAGACAAUAACAAGUUGUGCGAAAAUUGACAUGCUAUCUUCUCUGAUAGUAAUAUACAAAAUGCUUAAAUCAAAUGAUAAAAAAGUUAUUAAUUUACUUAAAAAUGUGACAUUAGCAUCCAAAGUACACUACCAAAAUCAAUCUUGUGAUACUCCCUCUGAUAGGUCUAUAAAUGAUGCAAUAGAUAUAGUUAUAAAUGCCAUAUUGAAACAAAAAUAAUACAAUUACCGUUUAUGUAAUAACUAAUUAUGUAAUUGUAAUAAGCUAUCAUAUCUGCUGCGCGAUGUAGUAUGAAGACUAUUUUUAAUACUUUUUCAAAGGGAAGCUUUAGAAAAAGAGGAAAAGAAAAAGUAUGAAAGAAUAUUUUUAACGAGACAGGAAAGUAGAAAAUUUUUACAUUAGUAUAUCAAUUAAGGUACUGAACGUAAUUAUUAAUUACCAAUUAAUAAUUGAAAUAAGGAUUCCAAUUAGAAUAAUUAGAAUAAGAAAAAUAAGAUUUCUAGAGAUAUAAUGUUUAAAGUUAAAUAAAUAUACAUACAUAUAUUGUA